AUGAAUGUCACCGAUGCCGUUCUGGGCGGGUACAAGAUCCCUGCGGGCACCGUUAUCUACGUCCUCGCCAACGCCAUCAACAGGCUGUCCAUGUACUGUGGCGACCGCGCGGACGAGCUCGACCCGGACCGCUGGGACGACCUGCUGGCGACGGCGAACCCCAACGCUUUCAUGACCUUCCUACAGGGCCUGCGCGGGUGCGUCGGGCGCAAGUUCGCCGAGACGGAGAUGAAGAUCCUUCUGUGCUGCCUGCUGAGCAUGUGCAAGUUCCAGCGGGACUCUGACACGCCCGAUCCCGAGGUCUGGAAGAUGUGGCGGCUUGUGCUGAGGCCACAUUGA